AUGUAUGAAAACAAGCAGAUUGAUCCCUCCCCUGGUGCAGACAAACGGUGGCACCGUCCCCUGGAGUGGGGACGGUGGUCCCGUUCCAGCGGAGGGGCCAGCAGGAGCCGUGCGGGGUGGGACACAGCUCUGCUCCAGCGCCUUUCCCCCCCGCUCACCAGGCUGCACCUGCCCUCGGUUCGUCAUCUCGCUCUGCCAGUCGCUUCUGCGGGGCUGGCUGAUGCCAGGGAGCGACGGCCGUUGGUUAAUAUUGUAGCUUUUGGGAAUGAAGGAGAUGGUUUUUCUGAAGACAAUCAGCAGCCCAGCCUGAUCUGGAGCUAUCUCAGGGGAAGUGCGCUAAUUUCCCAGAUUGACAGCAGCUUUUCUGCCAGUCACCUUGGAAAGCCAGUUUUUGCUGAGUAUCAAGUCUGCAUAUUUGGAAAUGUCAGACUGGUGGUGCAUGACUGUCCUGUCUGGGAUGUAUUUGACAGUGACUGGUACACUUCCUGCAGGCUUAUUGGAGGAGCUGAUAUUAUUGUGAUUAAAUACUCUGUCAAUGAUAAGACUUCAUUUCAAGAACUAAAGGAGAACUAUGUGCCAAUGGUAAAAAAAGCACUAAAUUAUUGCUCAGUUCCAGUAAUAAUUUCUGCUAUUGGUGCAAGAAAAAAUGGAAUGCCUUGCACCUGUCCCUUGUGCACUUCAGACAGGAGGAGCUGUGUCACAACCUCUGAAGGAGUUCAGCUUGCAAAGGAAAUUGGAGCCACUUACCUUGAACUGCACACUCUUAGUGACUUCUACGUACAGAAAUACUUUGGAGGAGUGCUGGAAUAUUUUAUGAUCCAAAGUUUGAAUCAGAAGUCAUCUGAAAAAAUGAAGAAAAGGAAAAACAUGCAGAAGUGCCAUCGAGUCCAGCCACCUCAGCUUGAACAACCAGAAAAGAUGCCGAUCCUGAAGGGUGAAGCCUCGCAUUACAACGCAGACCUGCACAACCUGCUCUGCUGCUGUCAGUGUGCAGAUGUGGCCUUCUACCCCAAGGAUCUCAGCACAGUGGUGGAGGCCCACAAGAUCAUCCUCUGCUCUGUCAGCCACCUCUUCAUGCUGCUAUUCGGGGUGAAGAGCCCAUCCAACGCCCAUGACGCCUCCAUCAUGCAGCUGGCACAGAGCCUCUUUGCAGUGGAGUCAGGGGAUCCCUUCCCCUCCUCCCCCCAUGGUGUCCCACCCUGUGUCCCUCCAGUCAGGGUAGUGGUGAAGGAUUCUGUCUUCUACUCUUGUCUCCCAGACAUCCUCCUCUUCAUUUAUUCAGGUGCUUUUCAAUGGGAACGAUUAGAAGAGGACAUGAAAAAGAAGUUGAAGGAUCCAGAUAAAACAGAAUAUGUGCUUGAGAAAGUUAAAUGCAUCCUGAAAACUCCAGGGAAGCUAAACUCUGUAAAGGACUGCAAGUCUCACCAGAUAAAACAGCUCUAUAAUACUUCCCUCAGGCUAUUCUUUAACACACCUGUGCUGGCUGAUGUAAUCUUCAAAAUACAAGGAACAACUGUACCAGCCCACAGGGCAGUUCUGGUGGCCCGCUGUGAGGUUAUGGCAGCUAUGUUUAAUGGUAAUUAUCUAGAAGCAAAUAGCAUUCUGGUUCCAGUAUAUGGGGUUUCCAAAGACACUUUCCUGUCCUUCUUGGAGUACCUUUACACUGACUCCUGCUGCCCAGCCAGUAUUCUCCAAGCGAUGUCUCUGCUGAUGUGUGCAGAGAUGUACCAAGUAAUAAGACUCCAGCAUAUUUGUGAACUUUACAUCAUGACGCAGCUUCAGAGCAUGCCUAGCAGGGAACUGGCUUCCACAAGCAUCAGUAUUGUUAGCUUGCUCAAAAAAGCUAAGUUUCACAAUUCUGAUUGCCUUUCAACUUGGCUUCUUCAUUUUAUUGCCACUAACUACCUCAUCUUCAGUCAAAAGCCUGAAUUUCAAGAACUUUCAGUGGAAGAGCGCAGUUUUGUGGAGAUGCAUCGGUGGCCUUCAAACUUGUACCUGAAGCAGCUUGCUGAUUACAGGACCUAUAUCCACUCCCAGAAAUGCCACUGCACAGUAAUGUAGGGAGACUGAAUACACACAAAGUGCAUCUCAACUGCACAGUUUCAGAUUGGGGAUUGUAUAGAAUAUAAAAACUGUGUCAUGAGUGUAAUCUGAUGCUGACCUCCUCUGGAAAUGACAGACAUUCUUUGU